CGGCCCUGCCUCCCAGAGUCCCGGCGCUGGAACUGGGCUGGGAAUGGGAAGCAGUUCCUCGGUUGGGGCCGGAGAAGCGCUCGCACAGCUCCAGCCCCGCUCACUCGGCAGCAUCCAGCGCGGGGGAGAGAGAGCGGCGCAGCGCCUGCCGCGGGAUGGACGUUCCUGAGCACUGAGCUCAGCCGCUGUAAAAAGCGAGUAGGAAAAUACGCGGCUGGAUGAAAUUGAACAUGAUCAGAAGAUAGCAUCAUACAUGAUGAUCAUGGCCCCCAGGAAGAGGAAUCGUCAUGCGCUGGGAUUUCUUUGUUGCUUUGGGGGUAGUGACCUCCCUGAAAUCAAUCUCAAGGACAACAACCCUCUCCAAUUCCUCGAGUUUACUGUCCCAAUACCACCAACAGAGGAGCUCAAUGCCAGGUUCUCUGAACUUGUGGAUGAAUUGGAUCUUACAGACAAGAACAGAGAGGCUAUGUUUGCACUCCCUCCAGAGAAGAAAUGGCAGAUAUACUGCAGCAAAAAGAAGGAACAAGAAGAUCCUAAUAAGCUUGCUACCAGCUGGCCAGACUACUACAUUGACCGCAUCAAUUCCAUGGCAGCAAUGCAGACUCUGUAUGCUUUUGAUGAAGAAGAAACAGAAAUGAAAAAUAAAAUAGUUGAAGACUUGAAGACAGCUCUGCGGACUCAGCCCAUGAGGUUUGUGAUGAGAUUCAUUGAGCUGGAUGGUCUGAGCUGUUUGCUGAACUUCCUGAAAAGCAUGGACUACGAGACCUCAGAAAGCCGUAUACACACAUCCGUUAUAGGGUGUAUCAAGGCACUGAUGAACAACUCCCAAGGACGGGCUCAUGUCCUGGCUCAUCCAGAGAGUAUCAACAUCAUCUCCCAAAGCUUACGGACUGAGAACAUCAAGACCAAGAUUGCUGUUUUGGAGAUCCUAGGGGCUGUCUGCUUGGUACCAGACGGUCAUAAGAAAGUCUUGCAAGCCAUGCUUCACUACCAGGUCUAUGCUGCAGAGAGAACAAGAUUCCAGACAUUGUUGAAUGAGCUAGACCGAAGCAUGGGGCGAUAUCGAGAUGAAGUAAAUCUCAAAACAGCUAUCAUGUCCUUUAUCAAUGCUGUUUUGAAUGCUGGUGCUGGUGAGGACAAUUUAGAAUUCCGAUUACACCUACGAUACGAGUUUCUAAUGCUGGGAAUUCAACCUGUCAUUGACAAGCUAAGGGAGCAUGAGAAUGCAACACUUGACAGGCACUUAGAUUUCUUUGAAAUGGUCAGAAAUGAAGAUGACUUGGAACUUGCAAAGCGAUUUGACCUGAUCCACAUUGAUACAAAAAGCGCCUCUCAAAUGUUUGAACUGAUCAAGAAAAGAUUGAAGCACACGGAUGCCUACCCCUAUUUGUUAUCCAUCCUUCAGCACUGCUUGCAGAUGCCAUAUAAGAGAAAUGGAGGAAAUUUUCAGCAGUGGCAGUUGUUAGACAGAAUACUCCAACAAAUUGUUCUUCAAGAUGAACGAGGAGAUGAUCCAGAUAUAGCUCCACUGGAAAACUUCAAUGUCAAAAAUAUAAUUAAAAUGCUGGUGAAUGAGAAUGAAGUCAAGCAGUGGAGGGAUCAGGCAGAGAAGUUUCGAAAAGAUCAUGCUGAACUGAUGAGCAAGCUAGAGAAGAAGGAGAGGGAAUGUGAGACAAAGACCCAGGAGAAAGAUGAAAUGAUGAAGACACUGAACAAAAUGAAAGACAAGUUGCAGAAAGAAUCCUUGGAGCUGCGCCAGGCCAGGGACCAGAUGAAUGACCUGGUAGCUCAACUUAAUGAGUACUCGCAAGGGGGCAGCAUUUCCUUCCCAGCCCCACCACCCCCUCCUCCAGGCGGCCCACUAGCACUGUCCUCUGCUCUCACCUCUGAGAAUUUGCCCCCGCUACCACCUCCUCUGCCUUUCUCCAGCUGUCCACCUCCUCCUGCCCCACCACCUCCUCCAGGAGGACCUCCUCCCCCACCUGGAGCACCGCCUUUCUUCAGCUUGGGAGCGCCACCCCCUUCAACAACCACCUUCAGCAGUGCUGGUACCAGCCUGAAGAAGAAGUCUAUCCCGCAGCCUUCACACCCACUGAAAUCCUUCAACUGGGCUAAGCUGAGUGAGGAGAGGAUCCAUGGCACAAUCUGGAAUGAGAUCGAUGAUUUAAAGGCAUUCAAGGUGUUGGAUCUAGAAGAUUUUGAAAAGAUGUUCUCAGCGUAUCAGAGACACCAGGACCUGCUAACUAACCCCUCUUCCUGCAAGCAGAAAGAGAUGGGUUCAACAGAAGACCUUUACCUCUCCACACGAAAGGUGAAAGAGCUCUCUGUGAUUGAUGGCCGGAGGGCCCAGAAUUGUGUCAUUCUCCUUUCCAAGUUGAAGCUGUCUAAUGAAGAAAUCAGACAAGCAAUCUUGAAGAUGGAUGAGCAAGAAGACCUAGCAAAAGAUAUGCUUGAACAGCUGCUGAAGUUUGUUCCUGAAAAGAGCGAUACCGACCUGCUGGAGGAGCAUAAACAUGAAAUAGAGCGCAUGGCUCGGGCAGAUCGUUUCCUCUUUGAGAUGAGCAGGAUUGACCACUAUCAGCAGCGACUCCAAGCAUUGUUCUUCAAGAAAAAGUUUCCAGAGAGGCUGGCAGAAGCAAAGCCAAAAGUAGAAGCCAUUCUUCUGGCAUCCAAAGAACUCAUCCGCAGCAAACGUUUGAGGCAACUCCUGGAGGUCGUUUUGGCCUUUGGCAAUUAUAUGAACAAGGGCCAAAGGGGAAGUGCAUAUGGCUUCAAAGUCUCCAGCCUGAACAAAAUUGCAGAUACCAAAUCCAGCAUAGACAGGAACAUUACACUGUUGCACUAUUUGAUUAUGAUCUUUGAGAAGAAUUAUCCAGAUAUCCUAGAUAUUCAGACUGAAUUGCAGCAUCUUCCAGAAGCAGCAAAAGUCAACCUGGUAGAGCUGGAGAAGGAAGUUAACAAUAUAAAGACUGGAUUGAAAGCUGUUGAAGCUGAGCUGGAUUAUCAGAAGAGACGCAUACGGGAAUCAGGGGACAGGUUUGUUCCUGUCAUGAGUGAUUUCAUCACUGUUGCCAGUUUCAGCUUCUCAGAGUUAGAAGACCUCCUCAAUGACGCUAGAGACAAGUAUGCCAAGGCACUGAAGCAUUUUGGAGAAAAUGAGGGCAAGAUGCAGCCAGAUGAAUUUUUUGGCAUCUUUGACACUUUCUUACAGUCAUUUGCAGAGGCAAAGCAAGAUCUGGAGAAUAUGAGGAAGAAAAAGGAAGAAGAGGAGCGCAGGGCACGCAUGGAAGCCAUGCUGAAAGAGCAGAGGGAAAAAGAGAGGCGUCAAAAGAAAGCAAAAGCAGGAAGCAUUUCUGAAGAGACUGGGGAGUUUGAUGACCUGGUGUCAGCAUUGAGGUCAGGAGAAGUCUUUGACAAGGACUUAUCCAAACUCAAGCGUAAUCGCAAGCGUUCGGGGAACCAAGGCUUAGAAACAAGCCGGGAGCGGGUGGUGACAAAACUAAAUUAUUAAUUACAAGAGAAAGAAAAAUAAUCAACCAAAAUAAGUGAAGAAAAAGAGCAGAACAAGGAAGAUGAAUGUGUGCAAUGGCGCCUGGCUGACAGCUGCCCCAAAGGAUUUCUUCGGUCUGUGGGUAGAGACAUUACCUUUCCAUUGAUCAGCUUUCCUCUCAUCCCUCCUCUGCGCUCCAAAUUUGAACCAUUAUAAAAGUGCCUCUGUGGAGCCAGCAGGGUCUGCGACUGGGUCGUGCAGACCUGACAGAUUUGCUUCUGGGAGUUGAUUGUGUCAUGAAAGGCCUCAUGAUGAUGACAGAAAGUACUGGGCCUUGCAGACAGCCUUGUGGCUGGAGAAGGAUAAUUUUCUGUGUGCCAAAGUGAAAAUGAACUAUAAUCUCCAUCUUGCUGAUAAUAAGCAAGACUAAUUUCAGAACAGUUUGGUAAAUACCUGUUGCUUCUUCAGUAGCUAUACUGGCCUUCAGGGUCUUGUCAAGAUGUAGUUCUUGAGGUUACAAGGUCCCUCCCAGAAUUGGAUUUUAUAAGCCAUUAAUCAGCAUUUGAAAAAUGCUUUUGAUCUCAUAUUCUGUAUAGUGUUUUUGUAUGGCCUAUACUGUCCAAAAGCAAGUGAUACUCAGAAGGAAGUUGGAACAAAAUGGAAUUCGAAAAUCAGGAUUGACAUAAAAUACUUUGCCAAAGUCUUUUGGAUUCUGCUUUUCUAUAAACAGUUUUCUGGAAUAUAUUGAUGGUUGAGCCUCAAAGUUCUGAAAUUCAUCUACUAGGAAAGAAGUCGUGGCUUUUGUUUAGAAAACUGUGCCACUAACAGGUUGGGAUUUCACCUGGAUGGAUGUGGAGCCUGUUGUAAUUGCUGGAGUGUGGGAAGGAAAAAGCUGAACAUUUCUUAUCCAUGUGUGCAAGAUUCCUUAGUGCAGCCUGAUGGAAAUUGGAAGCUCCUGAGUAUCAUUCACAGGUCACAAGCGGGCAAAAAGCAAAUGGGACUGCAAGCUGCAAGAAGUAAGACUUCUUUUCCACUUGAUACAGGCUGCAACUGCUGUGGGAAUGGACUGGUCUUUCUGCAUAGCAGGAUGAUUUAUUGCAUGCACCCCAAUCCUAUCUAGGGUAAUCACAGUUCAGUAAGAUAUCAGUGAUGUCAAAGGAGAGCUGUACAGGCCACAGCCUUUUUCAUUUAGAAGGGAUUACUUAGCAUGAACCAAUGGAAGGUUCCAUAAGGAAAAUGGAGAUUUUUUUUUU